GGAACUCACCCUGAUAAAUAAUCGAUCUACUUCCUAAACCUCACCUCUUUCUGCUCUCGAGAUGGCCGAUUCAAAUGCAGUCGUUCAGGACUGGGAAGGACGGUAUUAUCAUAUAGAUCAAAUCUUGGAUACACCAGGUCCACGAACAGACGAAGCCUUCAUGGCCGGAGACGGUGUUUGUUUUCUGGUGUGCCCCAAAUUCCAUCGAGAAACUCACUCGCGUUAUACUUUAGGUGAAAAAUUUCUUGAGACAUGAAGCCAAAAUUCUCGUUAUUGGUGCGGGUGGUCUUGGUUGUGAAAUCCUGGCCAACUUGGCCCUAACCGGGUUCAAGGACAUUCAUGUAAUCGAUAUGGACACCAUUGAUAUCAGUAACCUCAACAGACAGUUUCUUUUCCGUCAGAAGGAUGUUGGGAAACCCAAGGCGACCGUCGCUGCCGAAUUUAUAAUGAAUCGUGUUCCAGGAGUCAAAGUCACGCCUUAUUUUGGCAAGAUUCAGGACAAGGGCGAUGACUAUUACCUUCAGUUUCAUCUAAUCAUAUGUGGGUUGGACUCUGUCGAAGCGCGUCGAUGGAUAAACGCGACACUGGUGAACCUCGUGGACCCUGAAAAUCCUGAAAGUCUCAAGCCUCUCAUUGAUGGCGGUACAGAAGGCUUCAAAGGCCAAGCACGCGUCAUUCUCCCAACUAUAACCUCCUGUUACGAAUGUUCUCUCGAUAUGUUAAAUAAACCGACUGCAUUUCCCAUCUGCACUAUUGCCAAUACUCCACGACUUCCGGAACACUGCAUUGAGUGGGCUUCCGUUUUGGAGUGGCCGCGUGUGCACGGAGACAAGAAGAUGGACACCGACGAUCCCGAACAUAUUGGCUGGCUGUACAAUACUGCUGCUGCACGUGCGAAGGAGUUCAAGAUAGAAGGAGUAACUUGGUCUCUGACACAGGGUGUGGUAAAGAACAUUAUCCCGGCCAUUGCCUCAACGAAUGCGAUAAUAGCAGCUUCUUGUUGUAAUGAGGCGUUCAAGAUAGCCACGAGCUCUGCUGCCUACCUCAAUAACUACUUCAUGCUUAUUGGUACCGAAGGCAUCUAUUCGUACACUUUUGAACACGAAAAGCGAAAUGAUUGCCCAGUCUGUGGGGGGGAAGCACUUGAUAUGACGGUGAAUUUUGAUACGACGGUGGAACAGCUGAUGGAGAUGUUAAUGGACAACCAAUCGAUACAAAUCAAGAAACCCUCGCUAUCGACGCCAACUCGGCAGCUCUAUUUACAAGGACCACCUCAGGUAGAAGAAGCUACCCGGCCCAAUCUUGAGAAGAAACUUUCAGAUCUCGUACCUGAGGACGAAGAGAUAAACGUUACCUCCACUACCAUACCGCUUAGAUUAACCCUUCGCAUCCAUUACGCAUAGAGAUUCCAGGAAAUGUACAAUCAUCCCUCUGGGUAGGCCUGUUUAAAAUUCCGCCCGCGACUAUUUAGAAACAAUGAUAAUUAGACGCAAUUGACCUCUGGCGACAGGCCCAG